CUCGCAUCAGGCAAUACAGUUUUGAAUUCUUCAAGUUUUGAUACACACUUCGGUCAAACAUGUCGGCGAACGCCGAUGAGGAGAAGAAACUAUCCAAAAUGGCUGAAGAACGUGACAACGAAAAGAACAAUGUAACGCCGGCCGCAGGUGCUGCGGCUAACUCGUCAUCGGACGGUGCCAACAGUAAAGCCGAUAGCGGAACCGCUGAUAAGAAGUCCGCGGUUGACAGUGACGAAAGUGAAUCCAAGAAAGUGGCCCCGAAGGCGGAUGAAAAAGAUGGGGAGUCUAAAUCCGAUGCAGUCGGGACGACAGAUGGCAAGCGGAAGGGUGCGAACGAUGCUGCUGGCGCAGAGGCAAACGCCGACGGCGGCCGGGAUAAUGGCAACGCAGACAAACCAAAGGCCACGGUGGACGUGAAAGCGAAGAGCCGGAACGGGGCCAAGAAACGGGCCCCCGAGGACGAGGAGGGGGAGGACGAUGUGGAGAAUGAUGACGACGAAAAGGAGGACGAUGCCGGUGAGGCCGGCAAAAGUCUCGGCGCGAUCGCGCUGAUCGAUGCGAAUAUCACGAAGGCGAAGGUCGAGGUGCUGCAGACCCUGCACACGAUCCUCUACGAUGCGCCUGGCAAGCCGACGGUGUUGAAGAAGAAUCUGCGCAAGUUUGAUGGUUUCGAGUUCGGGGCCGGUUCGGAAAAGUACCGCAAGCGGCUGGCAGCCACCGAGAAGCUGGACGCCAAGAAGCUCGCUUUCACGGCCGAGAUACUGGCACUGGAGAAGAAGGGCGGUAAGGAGGAGCUGGCCGAACGGAUUUGUAGCUUCCUGCUGAAGCCGGACGGGGACGAAGAGCUCCCGGAGGACGAUGAGGCCGGCGAGGAAGAGGAGGAAGACGAAGAAGCGGAUGCCGCCGAAUCAGAGGACGAGGAGGUGAGCGAAGAGGAGGCACCAAAGAAGAAGAAAACCCCGGCGAAGCGUGCCCCGGCCAGCGGAGGCCGUGGCAGGGGUGACACGGCAUCGUCCAAGUCGUCCAGUGGCCGCCCGAAGCGAUCAACGGCGGGCCGAGGUUACCAAGAUGAUUCCCUAUACGUAGAUUACUCCAGCUCGGAGGAAGAAGAAGAGCCGGCAGUGAAGGUGGGCCGAGGACGUCGUGCUCGCCACGGUUCUGACAGCGGUUCCGACUACAAUCCUUCCGCUGGGUCCGACUCCGACGCCGGCAAGCGAAGAUCGUCCCGAGCACCGGCCCGAGGCAGCCGGACUUCGGCGCGGAAUGUCCGAAAGCGCUACAACAGCGAUGAAGAAUCGGAAGAGAGCGCCAGUGAGGACGAUUUCAGCGAGGAUGACCGCAAAAAGAAGAAGCCAGCACCGGCUCGAGGUCGCGGACGCCCAAGUGCCCCCGUUGGUCGUAUUUCGCUGCGGGCCAGAGGACGCAAGCGGAAGGCGGAAACGGAAAGCGAAGAAGAGUCGGAGGAAGAGGAAGAAGAGGAAGCCGAUAGUGAGGACAGCGAAAAGCCGAAGCGAAAAUCAGUGGCCACCACCGGCCGGGGAGCUGCCCCGAGCCGCGUGGCGAACAGUAGAGCAAAAAAUUCUACACCAUCAACCCCAGCCAAGGCUGGCCGAGGACGACCGAAGCGGGCGGCCAGUGCAAAGAAACCGAAACGAGGCGGUAGCUCAACCGGCGAGGAAGACGACGAAGAGGACGAUGAGGCCGAUGACGCACCAGAGUUGGACGAGUCGGAAGACGAGAAACCUUUAGUCAAGAAGGCCAAACAGGAGAAGGAACCCGAGAAGGCACCACCACCAAGUGAAGAAGAUAUCAAAGAUUUCCUCAAGGAGAUCCUGGACGAAGCGAACCUGGAGGAGAUCACGAUGAAAACGGUGUGCAAGAAGGUGUACGCUAAAUAUCCGGACCACGAUCUGUCGCAUAAAAAGGAUUUCAUCAAGGCAACAGUUAAAUCUCUAAUAUCUACGUAAAAAUGAACGGAGGCGCGCAAGGAAGAACUUCGAUCAUCCAGCCGAUCGAACGGCGAAUGUUUCAUUGAACUUUUUUUUCUUUUUCAACUACCCGUUAUCUGAUCAUGAUGAAUAUAUGCUAAACGAUACACACACAAAAAGGCAUCAAUCAACCACAAAAGGCGAACAGCGUAUAUAGAAUAUCAAGCAGAAAAGGAACGUCGGAUUCAUGAACAAAUGCGUUAGGUGAACCCCCAAGAAGACCACUUUACAGCGCAACAAAAUAUUUUUUCUGAUAAAGAUGAGACGCGUUAACGUGGGAUAACGAAAGCACACACACGCUGGGCACUCUUUUUCGGUAAUUUGCUCAGACGGUGGACACAGGAAGGACAGGUAGCAUAAGCGUGUGGUUUCAAAGAUGCACAUAUGAAGGGAAAUAAAAUUACGUGUUUGCGUCAAAGCGUCAAAUCAUCCCGGCUCGAAGGGACGGUUACGGGGCGAGAGUUAUUUGAUUUAAAUUGAUAUAGUGAAAUGGAACUUUGGCCCUAGAGUGUUGCUUCUCUAUGGCGGAGGUACAAAACACGCAUGCAUGGUACGGUACCUAGAAUGUAGCAGAGCAAAUGAAAACAAGGAGAACAGAUGGGAGGAGAACGUAACGUGCAUUUGCGCUUUAAAUAGGGACACAGCACACUCGGUGGUGUGCACAUUGCGGAGCACAGCGAGCGAAUGUUUCCAGAAUUGGUCGAAGGAAAUCAAAAGGGUUGUUUUUUGUUCAUUUUUAUUUCUGAUAGAUAAUGGAUGAAUGGUUUUGGAUACAGUUCUAGAACUCACAUACAGAAAUAGCGCGCGAGAUCGGGAGCAGGAGAUCAAAUUUUCAAGAAUCGAAUUGUUUUGCCUUUUGUAACCCAUCACAAGCACUUUCGCUGUUUAGUUUGAUGAAUAGCAGCAGCGACAGAGGACAGUAAGCCGUGAGUUUCCGGCCCGAUCAGAUGGGCGAGAUAUAUAAAUGUAAUAAAUGUAGUAAUGAUAAGAAGUAACGUGAACGUACAACAAAUGAACGGAAUGUGCUACGGAUGGAUCAAAAAAAUACAAUACCUUAGUUCAACGGUCUUCUCGUUUCUCGCCUCUGGAAAGUAAACUGUGCACGCGUGGUUUCACCGCUGAAUGAGCCCCGUUUUGGAACUGCACAAGUUCGCACAGCCGCCACCGCCACCUCCACAGCAUCAGACAAAACCCAAAACACAUUACACCACUUUCGGCCUCUAGGAAGAAAACGGAUUAGUAGUACGACGGCGGCAGAGAGCACAGCUGCCGUCGUGCAGUGGAAGCACUUAGUGUACUGUACACCCGGCCGAGGAAAGAGAAUAGUUUUUUAUAUUCAACAGAGGAUCGUAUAUGAACGGCUUGGAAGAGUUGUGUGCGAGGUGUUAACAAAACUAAUCAGAGUACGUUGGAACAAACACGGGACCUUUGCGGCUUGUUAAAUGAGUAUGACCAGAAUUUGUGCCGGAAAGGCGAACAUGGUUGGA